UUGCAAGUUUCUGAAAAAAAAAAAUCCUCGGAUAGUUGUGAGCUGAUUAACUUAAAUACCUUCAGCAAACGUGGACUAUCCUGGAUGCCAGUGAUAUUAUAAUCCCUAAUACAAACCAUAUCGUAUAAUAGCACUCCAGAGACACCGUUGUCAGUUUAGACAAAUAACGUUAAAUAAAAGUCUGAUCUGUUUAGAUUAGCUGUUAGCCGAUUAGCUUCAGUCUUGGCUGUUUUACGCACAGCAGAUCCUGUUCAGAAACGCCAUGAAACUCUACAGUCUCAGCGUCUUGUAUAAAGGCUCAACGAAGGCCAACCUGCUGAAGGCGGCGUAUGAUCUGUCGUCAUUCAGUUUCUUCCAGAGAUCCAGUGUGCAGGAGUUUAUGACGUUCACCAGCGCGCUGAUUGUUGAGCGUUCAGCAUUAGGAAGCCGUGCGUCUAUCAAAGAGCAAGAGUACUUGUGUCACGUGUACGUGCGGAAUGACAAUCUCGGUGGUGUUGUGAUCGCGGACAGUGAAUAUCCCUCCAGAGUCUGCUUCACUUUACUUGAUAAGGUGCUGGAUGAGUUCUCCAGACAGGUCAACAGUAUAGACUGGCCUUCUGGUUCUCCGGCGACCAUUCAGUACACAGCACUGGACAGCCAUCUGGCCAGAUACCAGAAUCCACGGGAGGCUGACGCUAUGACCAAAGUGCAAGCAGAACUGGAUGAAACCAAAAUU